CCGGUCACAAACGUGGUGUUAAUAGGAUGCCGCAUUUAAGAAGUCCCACCCUCAACAUCCAUCUCACAUAAACACAAGUACACAACACCCCAUUUCCUAAACUCCCAAAACUCACCCCCUCUUUUCUCUCUCUUCGCCGUCGUCCGCCCAAUUCGUACCUUUUUCCUUUCCGGUUUUCCGCUAGGUUGACGGUUGUUGUAAAAGAACUUCAGUGUAUGAUGUUGAUUUGAGCAAGAUGAGUGGCUCAACUCGGCGAAGGUUAAAAUCUGCAAUCAUUUGUGAACAUACAGUUGAUGAUGCGAGCGAGGAAUCAUCUGCUCGUACAAGACCUUUAAGCUAUGAUGAGAUAAUGCUUAAAAGAAAAAGUAAGAAAGAAGUUGAAGGUUCUGUUGAGGAAGCACAUGAAGCAGAAACUACUAGACAUGAAGAAACUGUCAGGAACCCUGAUCGUCGGAGCAGGGAUACAAAUGGUGCUGCCAUGAAAAAUUCACGAGAUUCUCAACGUGAAGUUAGCCCCCGAAAGAAGGUGCAAAAGAGUUCAAGGGCAGAACAUACUCAUAGUAAAAGUGACUUACAAGAUUCUCAACGGGAAUUCAGCCCCAGAAAGAAUGUUGAAAAGAGGUCCAGGACAGAACAUAUAUAUAGUACAAGUGAUUUGCGAGAUUCUCAAAGGGGAGCUAGCCCCAUAAAGAAUGUGGAAAAAAGUUCUAGGACAGAACAUACUCAUAGCAGAAGUGAUUUACGAGAUUCUCGACAGGAAUCCAGCCCCAGAAAGAAUGUUGAAAAGAGGUCCAGGACAGUAAAUAUAUUUAGUACAAGUGAUUUGCGAGAUUCUCAAAGGGGAGCUAGCCCCAUAAAGAAUGUGGAAAAGAGUUCUAGGACAGAACAUACUCAUAGCAGAAGUGAUUUACGGGAUUCUCGACGGGAAUCCAGCCCCAAAAAGAGUGUGGAAAAGAGUUUCAGGACAGAACAUAUCCAUAGUAAAAGUGAUUUUCGAGAUUCUCAACGGGGAGCUAGCCCCAUAAAGAAUGCUGAAAAGAGUUCUAGGGCGGAACAUAUUCACAGUAGAAGUGAUUUACGCGAUUCUCGACGGGAAUCUAGCCCAAGAAAGAAUGUGGAAAAAAGUUCUAGGAUGGAACAUACUCAUAUUAGAAGUAAUUUACAAGAUCCUCAACGGGAAUCCAGCCCCAAAAAGAUUGUGGAAAAGAAUUCAAGGACGGAACAUACGCAUAGUAAAAGUGAGAACAAGGAGAGGCAUGAUGUGGAGAGUAGAUCAAAGCACAGACAUGAAAAUGAUGUGAGGAAUGAUGCUGAAUCUAAAAAUGAUAGGCAAGGUCGCAUGAGAAGCAAAAUAGAGGAACAUUCUAGGGGUGAUGGUAGGUCUAAACUAGAACUUAAGCAUAAUAAUGAUUCUGUUGCACAGGAUAGAAACAUUGAAAGAAAUGGAGGAGCAUAUGAAAGAGAAAGCAAAAGGAGAGAUAGAAGUGGAGAUGAUGAAAAACAUAGAAUGAAGGAUCCUGUCAAAAAACUUGACAGUGGAAGUAGGCGCAACUCUGAGAUUUCAGAGAGAAAGGAGAAGGUGGAGCUCUCACGCUCACAGCAUGAUGAAACUAGAUCCAAAAGAAGGCGGUCUAGAAGUCAAGAUCGUACAAAGGACAAAGCUAGGAGGUCCAGAUCAUCCUCACCUAAGGCACGGAAAAAUGUGUUAGAUCAUGUGCAUGACCAUGGUGAGCUUUCUAUACGUUCUGAAAGAGACAGGUCUAGAUGCCAUUCCGAUGUUGACCGGAGCAAGAUUCCUAUUGAUGGUUCCAGCAGCCAUCAUCGACGACAUGGUGGCUCUUCAAGUGGGCUUGGGGGCUAUUCACCUAGGAAGAGAAAAAGUGAAGCUGCUGUUAAAACUCCUUCACCUAUUCAUUCACCUGAAAGAAAAAGUGCUGGGUGGGAUCUUCCACCCGGAGCAGAUAUAAAUCUCAGUACUGCUGUUCCUUCUGGGACACACCUAAUUUCUCAAACCAAGCCUUCUAAUAUGAUUGAGUUAGCAGCUGGUUUUUCCGUUGCUUCAGGCAUGGGAAAGCCCAUAUCUUCAAUCUUGUCCAACAGUCUCUCUGCAUUUAAGCAGGCCUCAAUAGACUCUGUUCAACUAACACAAGCCACCAGACCUAUGAGGAGGCUCUACAUUGAUAAUAUACCAGGCUCUGCCACUGAGAAAGAGAUUAUGGAAUGUUUCAAUUCUCUUCUGCUCUCUUCUGGUUCCAAUUAUAUCCGAGGCACAAGUCCAUGUAUUAGCUGCAUGAUUCACAAGGAAAAGGGGCAAGCAUUAGUGGAAUUCCUUACUCCUGAAGACGCCUCUGCAGCGCUGUCUUUUGAUGGAAGAUCUCUCUCUGGGAGCAUACUCAAAAUCAGACGUCCUAAAGAUUUCGUUGAAGUGCCAGUAAUCAACUGCUAUUCCUUGCCUUCCUAUGUGACCCUUUUCUCUCCUCAGAGCAGAAAUCAAAUUAGGAUCGAGAGUGGAUCUUCAGAGAAAUCAAAAGCUGGAGCCAAUUUGAUAAGAGGUGAUUCAAUCCGAGACAAUUCAAUCAGAGGCAAUUCAAUCAGUGAAGUUGGUAUUCAGGUCAUAAGUGAUUUUGUGCAAGAUUCUCCACACAAGAUCUUUGUUGGUGGAAUUGCUGAAGAUCUUUCUUCUGAAAUGAUUGUGGAGAUUGUUAGUGCCUUUGGAACGUUAAAGGCAUACCGUUUUGAAGUCAAUCCGGAUCUCAAAGAACCAUGUGCUUUCUUAGAGUAUACAGACCAGUCUGUCACGUUGAAAGCUUGUGCUGGCCUGAAUGGCAUGAGGUUAGGCGGUAGAGUUCUGACCGUAGCCCAAGCUGUUCCAAACACAGAAUCAGUGGAAAGCUCAGGAAUGCCCCCAUUUUAUGGAAUACCCGAGCAUGUGAAACCCCUUCUUGAGAUGCCAACAGAGGUCCUCAAGCUUAGCAAUGUGCUUGAUCAGAAGAUCAUGGAUUCGCUAUCUGAAACAGACUUGGAAGAAAUUGUAGAGGAUGUACGAUUAGAAUGUUCCAGGUUUGGCUGUGUUGUGUCCAUUAAUGUCGUAAAAGGUUGCUACACAAAUACUGCCAUUUCAGAAGCAAAAGAGGUUGCAUUUAAUGUGAAUACUAUUCAGCCUCCAGAAGAAAGAAGAGAUCACCAUUUGAAUGUGGAUCCAAUAGAAUUUUCUGUUGACCAUGAUGACAGGGAUGGCAGUAAUGAAGAAGCUCCAACCAAUUUCAAAGAAAAUCAUGCAAUGGAUGGUGUUUUAGGUGAUAAGCAUGAACUAGACCCUGCAACUACUAACCCAGAUCUUGAAGGAGCUGCUGAAGUAAGAACUGUUGAAGAAUCAAAAGAAGAUGACAAAAAUUUGCAAAAUUCUGAUGACAAAGCUGAUAAUGACCCACAAGAAGCUGCUGUGAUUGGUGCUUCUACUAUUGAUGACAUGGAAAGAGUCGAUGAUUCUAAGGGGAACCAUCAAGAGUCCAUCCAGGAGAGUGGUGUAUCUGCUGAGUUAAAUGCAGAUGGGAGUAUGGUUAUUGAGAAAUCAGGGAAUAGUGAAACUCUGUGUGCUGAAGAUGUACCAGAGUUGGACAAAAAUAGUGACAUGCUAGAAGCUGUACUAGAGUUGGACAAAAAUAAUGACACACUAGAAGCUGUACCCUUGCCUACCAUUCCAGGAGCUACUGAAGGUCUAACAAAUGAAAAUUCUUGUGAUAGGAGUAAUAACUUGUUUGAGGAUGGUUGUGUCCUGGUGGAGUUUAAGAGGACAGAAGCUACAUGUAUGGCAGCACAUUGUUUGCAUGGGCGUGCUUUUGAUGACCGUAUCGUGACAGUGGAAUAUGUAUCGCUGAAGGCCUACCGAGAAAGGUUUCCAAAAUGAAAAUAUGGUUCAAUAUACAGGAUGGUAGAAUUGUAGUCUUAAGUAAGGGCAUCAGCAGGAGAAUUUUGUAUUUGAAAUUGUGAGGCUUCUGUCAUCUAUUCUGUUCUCAGCAUGCAGUAUGGUUCAGGGAUCGUUCUGAAAUUCCCUGUAUUGAUCUUUGUCCACCAACCCUCCAGAAAGAGCUUCUGAAGAAAUUGCCCUUUUACGAACAGAACAGGCUUUUAGGAUGUAUGGCCAUUAUCAUGAGCAUUCAUGUUUCAGCAAUGUGCUCAUAUAAUUUUUGCCAAUGCUGUUAACAAAUUCGCGUACUCAUUAACCUGUAUACCAACAAUGGAUUCCUGGUGCUCUCAUAUACAAGUACUAGUUAUGACAAAUUUAGUGUAUUGAUAAUUUUACUGUCCUCUUUAGUAGUCAUUUGCUCCUUUCCCUUUCUUUGUGGAAUGAGUGUUUGCUACUCAGUUUCUGUAGGAGCAAUUUUAUGAUGAAAGUGAAAGUGGCUAACAGGUGAGCUUGUUCUUUGCUGAAAUUGAAUUCCUGGACAAGUAUUGUUCAAUGUCUAUAUUGAUCAAAUUUUGAAGGGAAAUUUGCAAGCGUAGUCAAAAGAUUAUUUUUUUUUUGC